AUAGACUUGACAUAGUUUAAAAUGUCAAAUUUGACAUCAAACGUCCACCAAGGUUUAGAGGUUAGGUUUUUUUCCGAAAACCAAAACACUUUCCUAGUUCGUGGAAAUUAUGAAUACUUUCAUUACUUAUGCGAUGGGUUUGAUGAUAGAGGUUGGGGUUGCGGUUACAGAACGUUACAAACAAUUUGCUCCUGGAUAAAGAAUAACAACGACCGCUAUGAGAAUGUUCCUUCUAUCCGAGAUAUUCAAGAGACACUUGUUCUCAUGGAAGAUAAACCAACGUCCUUUACUGGUUCCAAGCAAUGGAUCGGGAGUUUUGAAGUGUGCCUCAUUCUUGACCAGCUGUAUGGGAUCCCCAGCAAGAUCUGCCACGUGAACAGAGGCAGUGAGCUAACAACCAUUGUGGACACAUUGAAGAACCACUUCCUCAAGUUUGGCAGUCCCAUCAUGAUGGGAGGGGAUGUGGAUUGCUCCUCUAAGGGCAUCAUGGGCGUCCACAUUGGAGACAGUGAUGCAUAUCUGUUGAUUGUUGAUCCACAUUAUGUGGGAAAGGAGCAAACAAAGGAGUUUUUACAAAACAAAGGCUGGGUGAAGUGGCAGCCACUGAAGGAAUUCCUAGACAGUUCCUUUUACAAUCUAUGUCUUCCCCAAGUUAAGUGUAAGGAUUUGUAAGUAAAAAUUAUAAAUUAAUACAAAUCUAA